AUGGCGGGCUCCGUCGUCAACGAGGCAGGAUACACGCCUCUGUAUGCGGCGGCGGACAGCAGGCUGCCCGACGAGGCCGGGAUCCGGGCCUUUCUCAGCGACUUCUACAGGAUAUCGGACAGGCCGGAGGAGAAUGAGCGCUGGGUCGAGCAGUUUACGGCGGAUGCGCGGGUUGCUAUCGGGUCAGGCAAGGCUACUGGCACAGAAGAGCUCCGGACGAUGCGUGAGGGAAUGUGGUCUGUUGUGGCGAAGCGCAAGCACACCGUCGUCAAAGUGUUUCCCGGCCGCUUUGACGAUGACGGCGAUGACGGACGUGCUGCGGAGGGUGAUGGGAGAUGCGAGUUGAUGCUGUACGGGGACGUGGCGUAUACGACUAAGGAUGGGGGCUCGAGCACGGUUGCGUGGGCGGGACAUGGGAUAUUGAGAAAGGUGCGGGUUGAUGGGGAGGAGGAGGUGUGGAAAUUUGCAGAGUAUCGGGUUUAUAUGCUGAAGUGA